CCGUUCUCCGGAAGUGCGCGGGUAGGAGCGGAAGCGCACGCCCGCUAGGGUUGGCGGUGGUGAUUCCGCCAUGGUAGGCGGCGGCGGGGUCGGCGGCGGUGGCCUCCUGGAGAAUGCCAACCCCCUCAUCUACCAGCGCUCUGGGGAGCGCCCUGUGACGGCAGGCGAGGAGGACGAGCAGGUUCCCGACAGCAUCGAUGCACGCGAGAUCUUCGAUCUGAUUCGCUCCAUCAAUGACCCGGAGCAUCCACUGACGCUAGAGGAGUUGAAUGUAGUAGAGCAGGUGCGGGUUCAGGUUAGCGACCCCGAGAGUACAGUGGCUGUGGCCUUCACACCAACCAUUCCGCACUGCAGCAUGGCCACCCUUAUUGGCCUGUCCAUCAAGGUCAAGCUUCUGCGCUCUCUUCCUCAGCGUUUCAAGAUGGACGUGCACAUUACUCCGGGGACCCAUGCCUCAGAGCAUGCAGUGAACAAGCAACUUGCAGAUAAGGAGCGGGUGGCAGCUGCCUUGGAGAACACCCACCUCCUGGAGGUUGUGAAUCAGUGCCUGUCAGCCCGCCCCUGAGCCUGGCCUUUGGCCCCUCAACCUGCAUACUGGUGUCCUGGUCCCAGCUCCUGCCAGGGCUCUUACCUUUGUUUUCUUGAAUCACUCACAAUGAGAAACUAACAUUUUGCUUUUUGUAAUAAAGUUAAUUUAUAUUCAGUUCCCAGCA